AUGGAAGUUAUUGCAACUUUUUUUCAACGAAUAGAAACUAGAGAGUUGGGAGAAAGCCAACAACGAAUAACAUUUCAUGAUAAGACUUUGUUAAACAGCAUUGAUCGACAGAAUUUUAUUGAAAUCUUAGAUGAAGUUUUGACACGAUGUUCAGAUCCAUCGACCUCAGAAACAAUGAUGGCGAAUAUUCUCUGUCAAUACUUGAUUGAAAGUAUCAAUCCGCACGCGUUUACCGUGUUACUUUUAUGUUCAUCCGAUUUUGUCAAAGAAUCUCCACUUGAUUUUAAAUCCAAACGAUUCUUGUAUCAAUUAAUCGAGAAAAUACUCCAUCAACCGAUCGUCCCAACCAAUGUCUUAUUCUGGGUUCUUUCUAUGUUGAAACAAGUGUUUCUGGAGAAAAAUGCCGGAGAUGAUCAUGAUAAUAAUGAGGGAGAAGAUCAUGGCUAUGAAUCAUUGGAAAAGCAAGACCUUGAAAUAAUUUCCAGUAUUUUUGCUUCAAUGCUUAAGUUGCAAAAAACCGCCGGUUAUGAAGACCUAAAGAUUCGUCGAAUCUUGCAGGAUCUUAUUUCUACUAUUAUUAACUGCAAAUCUAUAUUUGAUUCUUCAUCUUUGUUGGAUAUAGUAUCAAAUGACAAAGAUGAGAUACGUGAACAUCUAAAUCUAAGGUUAACUCGGUUGGAACAAUCUUUGAUAUUUGCUUCACGAUUUCCAACUGAAAUUGGGAUGAUUAAAAAAGAUUUGUUGAAUUUUUCGAUUUGUAAUGAUUUCGAUCUUUUACGACCGCUUAGUGCAGUAAACACAUCACCACACGAAAUCGUUCCUCUGAUUAGACACUUGAAUGUUUCUAUCGAUGGGGAAGAAGUGCUUGAGAGGUGCACUUCACUUCCAUCUCUCAUCCAACAAUUAAUGUACAACGAGAUAACAGAAACGUGGAUCGAUUGUUUUGAAAUAUCGAAAUUGCAAGUUGUGAAAAAGUUACGGGAUAAUAGUAGUGGAAAGGAAACAGAAAAAGAAAUUGAAAGUGAUAUCGUACUUUUACCAAACAUGAGUUCGCUCGAGUCGUUUGGAAAUUUGCAAAAGAACAUUAGAACGUUAUUACUUGAGAAAAAAGAAUAUGAGCAACUCAUUCUCAUAAUAUCGACGAUGGUGGAAUUUGCUGUUAAUGCACCAACCAAAAUAUUAUUUUCUUUUCACUUGUUCCAACAAUUAUUAGAGACUAAUUUUAGGAAUGAAAAAAUGUCGAAUGAUCAGCGAUUAAAUAUUUCAUCCAUCUAUCAAAUUUCAUUAAGCAUCUGGUUGUCCUGUUUUGUUCGAACCACAUCCACCAUUAUUUCCUCUAUUACUAAUCUUAUUAAAUUAACCGAACCUCAAGUACCCUUUAUAGACACAGCGGUGCUUUUCCUCUUAGCUUUCGAUGUUUCCUCUCAAUUUGAAAUGAUGAUGAUUAUGACAAACAAACAUUCAAAAAAAAUAAGGUCAAAAAAGAUGUUCGCGCCAUUUCUUGCAAAACUUUUAAAAUACUUUCGUAAAGUUAUUAAAUACAAUACAGCAACAAAAAACGAAAAAAUUGUUGAUAAGCUUAUAGAGAUGAUAAUUGAUCGUUUAAUGUUGGAGGUUCCUCUGGAAAUCAUACAGGAUGAAAUUGAAGAUUUGUUGCGAAUUCCGGGGUGGAGUAGGUUAGUUGAUGGGACAUUUAUUGAAUUUUUGAAAGCUUGA